UAUACUGUGUAUGUCCCCCAGUGGAAGGUGCGUCGUGAAGCCGCUAUCUGGCAGUCUGCUGGAUAUGCAUCACGUUCGCACCUGAGCACAGAUCUUGAUCCCAAUGACGGCUCUCUUCCGCAUCUCCUUCUUUCUCUGUUCGCUCGCCGGCUACGCCUUCUCUCAGCAGGAUCCGCCACGCACUGUCGCACAUGUCGGCGACAAAUGCGAGAGGGACGUCGACUGCAUUGAGAAUGCAUUCUGCCGGUGGCAAGACAUUUGCCUAUGCGAUCCGUUUUAUUCGCCGAGCCUCGAUAAAUCCAAGUGUAUCGCCACUGUUGGACUAAGUUGCUUGAACAACGUACCGUGUCAAAGUAUAGCAAACGGCGAAUGCAAGCAGAACACCUGCGCCUGCAAAGAUGAUUUCUUCCUGGACAGCAGUAAUUCUUCAAAUUGCAUCAGUAGACCCACUAAAAUCGGCGAUCGCUGUCAAGCCAACACCGACGUAUGCCAGGAAACUUUCAAUUAUGCGUUCUGCAUCAGCGAGAGGUGUCAGUGCAUCACGGGAUAUCAUUUCGUAAAUGAAACCAGGGUCUGCGUACAAAGUCGAGCCCUAUACUUCACUUGCUCGCACGACUACGAGUGCUACGACGGCGGCGACUCUUUCGAUACAAUGGAGUGUAAGAAGCAACAGUGCGUGUGUAAGGAGGGAGAGCGAUGCGGAGGCUCGUCGCAAAUGAUGGCCGCCGGCGGAAUACUCGUAGCAAUCUCACUCUUUCUACAACGAGUUGCUCACUAACAAGUAAUGCAUGAGAUAUCCAAUUGUUUCGAUCGAUCUUGCCACGGUUGAAGCAAUGCAACAGUGGCACGAUUCAGUAUGCAAAAUUGAGACGAUUCAAUGUCAUCAUGUAAAAAAUUACACUUUUUAAUGUAGAGGAAAGUCCUUCUUUAUGAGAUAGGCUUCUAAUAUGAGAUAGCAAGUUUUUAACAUCAAAAUUGAAUCCCAAAUCUUUAUUCACAAUGAUUACACGAUCUAACAAAGAAUUUUCCACUAAACAGAUUUCACUCCAAG